AUGUCCCCUCAUGCCAGUGUCACCCCGGCCUGUCCUCUCAUGCCAGUGUCACCCCGGCCUGUCCUCUCAUGCCAGUGUCACCCCGGCCUGUCCUCUCAUGCCAGUGUCACCCCGGCCUGUCACCCUCAUGCCAGUGUCACCCCGGCCUGUCCUCUCAUGCCAGUGUCACCCCGGCCUGCUAAUCGUGCUAGUGUCACCCCGGCCUGUCCUCUCAUGCCAGUGUCACCCCGGCCUGUCCUCUCAUGCCAGUGUCACCCCGGCCUGUCCCCUCAUGCCAGUGUCACCCCGGCCUGUCCUCUCAUGCCAGUGUCACCCCGGCCUGUCCUCUCAUGCCAGUGUCACCCCGGCCUGUCCUCUCAUGCCAGUGUCACCCCGGCCUGUCCUCUCAUGCCAGUGUCACCCCGGCCUGCUAAUCGUGCUAGUGUCACCCCGGCCUGUCCUCUCAUGCCAGUGUCACCCCGGCCUGUCCUCUCAUGCCAGUGUCACCCCGGCCUGUCCCCUCAUGCCAGUUUCACCCCGGCCUGUCCUCCCAUGCCAGUGUCACCCCGGCCUGUCACCCUCAUGCCAGUGUCACCCCGGCCUGUCCUCUCAUGCCAGUGUCACCCCGGCCUGCUAAUCGUGCUAGUGUCACCCCGGCCUGUCCUCUCAUGCCAGUGUCACCCCGGCCUGUCCUCUCAUGCCAGUGUCACCCCGGCCUGUCCCCUCAUGCCAGUGUCACCCCGGCCUGUCCUCUCAUGCCAGUGUCACCCCGGCCUGUCCUCUCAUGCCAGUGUCACCCCGGCCUGUCCUCUCAUGCCAGUGUCACCCCGGCCUGCUAAUCGUGCCAGUGUCACCCCGGCCUGUCCUCUCAUGCCAGUGUCACCCCGGCCUGUCCUCUCAUGCCAGUGUCACCCCGGCCUGCUAAUCGUGCCAGUGUCACCCCGGCCUGUCCUCUCAUGCCAGUGUCACCCCGGCCUGUCACCCUCAUGCCAGUGUCACCCCGGCCUGUCCUCUCAUGCCAGUGUCACCCCGGCCUGUCCUCUCAUGCCAGUGUCACCCCGGCCUGUCCUCUCAUGCCAGUGUCACCCCGGCCUGCUAAUCGUGCCAGUGUCACCCCGUCCUGUCCUCUCAUGCCAGUGUCACCCCGGCCUGCCCUCGACAGUCCUGUACCCGACAAAGUUUAUAGCAGGCACUAACGAGAAACAUCAGGGAAUUAUGUGGGUUAGAUGA